GACACACCUGCAAUCUCGUUUUCCAACUCCGAAUCCACGUUCAUCCCAAAACAGUCCGACCGUCCAUAACUUUUUGCGCUUAACAACAACUCAUCAAGCAUCGGGGAACUUCAUUCGAAAGACCGCGCCGUUGGGGCCGGUGAAAACUCAGAAACAACUUCAAUGCGAUACCUGUGGAAUGUCAGCAGGCGACUUGUCUAUGUCGCCGUCUUUUACGCCACACUUGUGGCCAUCUUAUUCGCCGCAGUGGUUAUAAGCUCCGCACGACCCCCCGGUCGACCAUUGACAUCAGAGUCGCCUGCAUCCUCAUGGGAAAACUCCGCUAAACCACUACCCGGCGGAGAUGAUAUCCAAUUACGACUAGCUCACAUCUUCCACCGCGGCGGGUCGAAGGAAGAUCCGAGGGUCUUCAGGCGGCUGGAUAUUUCUACGGAAGAUGAUCUCGUUGCGCACACUGCUCUUACAGGACAGUCGUUCGUCCACACCGUGAGUAGCGUCAACGUACGGAAACCGACGUCUGCGUCGUGGCAACAACAGCAAAGAUCGAGCCCGAAAAAGCCUAUGAAAGACUGGCUCUCGUCGCAGAAUGACCGAGACGACAACCUAUGGCUUACUCCCACGGGAACCGACGAAUACAUCACCGUGCCCAACUACACGGACCCCUUGACCGUCCUCAACUUUGCGCUGAUGACAUCCAACACCUACCUGCCGCUAAACUCGUCGAGGUGGCUGGACAUGGGCGAAUGGAAUGUGACGGAGGGGUUCGGGUGGGAUGACGAUGGGGUCCGGGGUUAUGUCUACAAGGAUGGACAGGGGAAUAUCGUGUUGGCGUAUAAGGGCACCUCGGCGUCGGUAUUUGGGAUUGGGGGAGGUGGCACGAGCGCUAGGGACAAGUAUAAUGACAACAUGAUGUUCUCCUGCUGCUGCGGCAAAGCCGGCCCGACCUGGUGGCCCCUCUGCGACUGCUGUGGCUCCGCCUACAAAACCUGUAACGCGACCUGCCUCAACGCCGCCGCCCACUACAACGACUCGUACUACGACUACGCCCAAGACAUCUUCCUCGCCACAAAACAACUCAACCCAGACGCCAAAAACGUCUGGGUCGCUGGCCACUCCCUCGGCGGCGCACUAGCCUCCCUCGUCGCCCUCACCAACAACGUCGCCUGUUUCGCUUACGAGGCCGUCGGCGAGGUCUCAUUCGCUCGCCGGCUGGGUCUCCUCCCACCCGCGUCACAGCCCCUCCCCGCAGACUUGCCCAUCUACCAUUUCGGCAACCUCGGCGACCCGGUCUUCAUGGGCGCCUGCAACGGCCCGCUGUCUAGUUGCUGGUUUGGCGGGUACGCCCUGGAAACGAAAUGCCAUGCGGGAAAAUCGUGUGUGUAUGACCCGGACGACGUGCGCGCGAAAAAGCGUCUGUCGAUGAAUGGAUUCAGUGACUGGGUGAACGCGGUGGACGAGGAGAACGGGGGCACGCAGGUCUUUCCGUAUGCCAGGGACGGAGGGGUGAGGUACGAUGCUGCUGCCGGGUGGAACACGUUCGAUGACGGCCGUGACCCCGACCCCGACCCCGACGCGAGAGCGAACACCUCAGCAGCGAUGAAUAUCCGGUACCACCAGAUUAACAACGUCAUCCGCCUCUUCCUCCAAGACGCGGAAACGGUACCCCCCUGCAUCGCCGAGACGAAUUGCACGGAUUGUGAGAUCUGGGAGUAUGGCGAUUGAAAAGGAGCCCACCCACCCCACCCACCGCACCAUCGUUAGCGUACCCCCCUCCCCUUUUUCGAUUGUAAUAUAUUUUUUUUUUCGUAGCAGGCAGGCAGAUGGAGCUUAUAUAUACCCCAAUUUCCCCAGGUUUCAAUUUGCAAAAGUAUGUUGCUUUGAAUCGUUGUUUUGGUCAGAAUCUUGGCGUUUUGGGGGUAUCCCCUGUGCGCUCUGUCCGGGCUUUCGCAACGUCAAUGCGGGUCCCCGGCUCGUCCGCACUCUAAUCUCACCACCGGGCCCGAUUCCUCACUUUCACUUCCUUCACUCCGCAUUGGAAACAGCAUACACGAACACGACGACCAGUCUC